AAACCCCGCGUCCGAUUCAGUCACGACAGCACCUCGGACCGCCAAACUCCAAACUCUGAGAGACAAGCAUCACGAAACGAGCAAGCCCACAAGUAUACCCACGAGCAAGCCCACAAAUAUGCCCAAGAGCCAUCCAUGAUCUUACGAGUCGCUAGCACCGUCAAUCAGAACAGAAGAGAGAUGCCAUCAAAACGCAGGUCACAAGGUGACGGUCAGGGCCGGGCUCAGGUCGAAGUGAAGGAGCAAAGCCGAAAGCGAGUCCGAUUACUAUCGCCAGCACGACCAUCGUCUAGAGUGGAAGCACGUGGGCAAGUGAUUCCAUCGCAGGUCAAUCAAUCGCGCGAGCCGAACCAGGUACAGACAAAACAGCACGGACAAGGAGUGCCUCACGGUCGUUCUCGCAAUUUGCAACACCAUCAUGAGCAGACGCAAUCAUCGCCGAGCGGAGAGACACGGGAGCGAGGGUUGCCAUCGCAGGCUAUCGUAUCGCGAGAAAGACGCCGGGCACAGAACGAUGCAGUAACGGAACAGAUGCAAGAUGAGGCUUACCCGUCCGAAGAUGGCCAUGAGAGAGCUUACACAUCGAACCCACAACAUGAAGACCUUCGCCCCUCGACUUCACUAGAUCCCCUGACUCAAAAGUCGCAGGGCGAGUACAAGAAGGUGGAGAAUAUUCUGGGAGCUGUCAGACCUCCAAGAAGUCAUGCUCCACGUCGGCCACUGUUCCAGGAAGAUGUUGAUUAUCCAUCUGAUGCGCAGAGCUUUUCGCCCCCAGUCCUUUCGGCAGUCCCUGCGUCUCUGGUCCGUCAGCCAUCUCAACAACCUCACCAAUCUGGCCUUACCAGAUCAAACUCUACAGCAGCAUUGAGGCCCGAGAAUUACGGGGACUACACCCGCGAGGAGUUGCUUAACUUCAAUGUCACUACGCUGGAUCAAAGAGUACGCCGUUGGCUGCACCCGAAACCAGGGCCGAAUGGCGAUGGCCAUGGACCUUUCACAUGGAAUGACAUCACGGAGUUUCUCGACAUGUAUCACCAAGGCUACAUCCUCGAAUCUGUCAAGGUCCGACAGCGUAUGUAUGCGGCAAAGCUUGCCAUGGGACUAGAAGGUAGUCCAGUGGAGGAGCAACACGUUCCGAUGGCACCGAUGUCACCCGAAGCUGCUCAAUCUCUUGCAGAGUCUUACGAACAGGACUUUGAGAUGAGCCCUUCUCGACCCGCUCCAUCCACCAUACAUUCCUCUCAACCCGCUCCAUCUACCAUACAUUCCUCUCGACCCGCUCCACCUAAAACCCAAGCCUCGCCGUCUGUCAAGGCUCCCGAUGCUGCAAGAUUGGCAGAUAGGUUGGAGAGAGAGAAACUGAGUGGCCAACUUAAAGAGAAACGACUCCAACAGCGUGAGGAAGAACUUCUACAACGUAUCAGAAUCUUGGAGGAAGAGUCAAUCGCCAAUACCCUAAAGCUCAAAGACCAUGAGAAGGACCGAAAACUCAAAGCUGAGGUCGAAGGCAAAUACCACAAGUUGAAGGAGGAGGCACAGACGCACAAAGAGAAAUUGAAGGACGAACACACCGCUCGCACAAAGGCUGAACGCGAGCUCAAGCAAUUGCACACUGAAGCACACAGACUUCGCCUCGCACAGGGUGCAAGCACGCGUAAAGGAGCAAAAUCAGAGAACGCCGGCUUUGUGUUCCCUAAGGACGACUCAGAAGAUGUCGACAAGACUCCCUCAAAAAGAAAGUCUUCAAAGGCAAAAGAGCACGACGGCAUCGAAGUUAGGGCAGAUGGCCACCCACACACCGCAGGAAAAACUCUCCCUUCGGCAUACAUUCAAAGCUUGUACAACCACGCCAAGGAAGCCGACGAAGAAGAAGAGAAACACCGGCCGCCGCCUGAAAUCAUCCAAGAAGCAGACUUGACUUACUUUGUCUACACAGUCCACCGCAAACAAUGGGCCCUCGAGGAAGCCGAACCUUCAGACGAGGACAACUUCGUCUGCGGCUCAUACUCCUAUCUCAACGAAGCAAACGCACAAGUCACUAACGAAAUCUUGCGUCCCCACGGAAACAGCGGCAUUGCAAUCGACCCUCUGAAACCCAGAUCGUUGCAUCAAGGCAUGGGUGAGUUCAACAUGUCAUGGGCCCAACUAGACGUCCCUACCGGCCACGUCAAAGUCUGGUGCCAGAGACAAUUACACACCGAAUUCGUCGGCGAACUCCCAGUCUUUGAAGCCAGAGGUUUGUUAAGCAGAACGGUGUUUGCAGUGCGUCAGGAAAUCACUUCUACUGCCAUGCCAAAUUCUACCUCUGCCGACAAUGCAACCGCAACAACCCCUCCUCUCCCUGCCAUGAGCUCAACUACAGAAGACCCAGAAAUCUACACCACCUUCGACCUAGCCAACCUCAAAGCUUCCGAGAAACUGUUCUUGCUCGAACACGGCAGUGUCGAGUCGCAAUCUAGACGUCUUGACGAUAUCAGAAACAGACAAGAGGCCGAUAGAAUUCGCAAGCAAGCACUUGAGGAUCUGGAAGAUCAUAGGGAAUUGUUCGAUGGGGAGAUGGUUAGAGAGGGAGAGGGAGGAGGGCAGGAGAGAGUGAGAAUUUGGGUGGUCCAGAAGACUGUGGUUGGGCCUAGAAAUUGA